AUGAGAGGCGCACAGGUGGUCAAUGAUGGCUUAUGGCGCUGUCUUUGCCCUUCCUUCGACCAGAGAUUGCUCCAGACCUCUGUGCGAUCCUUUACGACGCGACGAUAUGCUCGAAAUUCGACGCAACACACAGCGCGACGACCAUGGACGCAACAGCGCCAUGUAGCGAAGCAACUGUACUCCACAGCCGCUUCUGUGGAAACGAACUCGGGUGAACAUGCAGAUCAACCGCCUACAACGCAGCAGCCUGCCGAGACCUUGGAGCCAUCUGGAUCCGAGAACCAACAAGAGCCGUUGCCCGUCGAACGGGUCGAAGACCCUUCUGCCAUCAAGGUGCUCCUGAAGGUGAAGAGGCUCCAGGACAUACCAAGCCAGGCCGUCAAUCGACAUGAGCGCACCAUGAAGCUCAUUACACAUCUCAUCCAGCGACGGAAGUAUCCUCCGUCCUUGUUCAUAUAUGAGUGCGUCAUGGACGCCAUGGUGGAGGCCCAGGUUUCCACGUUUGCGGUACGCAAGCUGCUCAAGGAGAUGGAGCGUAACGACAUUCCGCCAUCCGAGUACCUGCUCAACAGCGUCUUGCUGUUUCUGACAAUACAUCCGGACUAUGCGUUGCGGUCGCAAGUGCUCGACACCUUGGAGCGCCAAUGGCAUGCGAUCAGUGACGAUGCGCGUGCCUACGUGCUUGUUGCGAUGCUGCGCGAGGGACAGUUUGAGCUCGCCUACGAUGGCUUCGUCUCGGACCUGGAAUCGGGCAAGACCUUUGAGCCCUGGGUCUAUGACAUCUUCGUCGUCGUGUUUGGGCACGAGGGCUUCCUGGACGAGAUGCUGGACUUGGCUGCCAAACGCAGGGCCAUUACCGCGCAGGACGAUGCAGGCACUUUCAAUCUGCUCUACUUUACCCUCGAUGUGUGCAGUAGCGCCUCGCACUACUCAGGCACGGUCUGGUCCUGGUUGGCUGGGAUGAAGGACGACAAGACGGUGCCUUCGGAUGGUAUGUUGGAGAACGUGCUCGCUACGGCAGCCAGACAUGGAGAUGCAACACUCGCAGCCGAGGUACACAGCAUGAUCUCGAGACGCACCCGCAUCCACAUCCACCACUACGACGCGCUUGUCGAGGCCUUUGCCGGGAGUCAGAAUGUUGAGGGUGUCCUGCGCGUGAUGGAGAUUAUGCACGACAAUGGCCUGCCGAUCUCACGGAAAACCGCCUUGCCACUGACAGAGCUCCUUUGCGCUCAGCCCAAGCUGAUCCCAGAGGUGGAAGAUGUCAUGCGGGAGAUUGCACAGAAGCGCGACAGCGGUCGCAUUGCUGGGGAUAUCGUCGACCUCGUGCUUGAAGCCAAGGCCAAAUCCACAGGGGCCGAAUCGGCUAUCGCGCUGUACGAAGAGGCCUUGGCAUUGACAGGGCGCAAGCCCUCUGUGGCAACGAUUCAAGACAUGAUUGUCUACAGCAAAGAGGAGGAGUGUAGGUCUCGCUUCCUGGACGACUACAAAAGCCGCGCGACAGAGUUGUCGGGCUCCAAGAUAUGGCGCAAGAGCCACGCGGUCAAGCUGUUGCAAGCCUUCCUCAAGCACGGAGACCUCGAUCUGACAUUCUCGCAUCUCAACAACUGGCUGGAGCACAAGACAACUAGCGAACCCGAUCUCCCUGCGCACUCGCUGCGUCUCCUGACGCAUGCUGCAUCCGAAGCGCAUGACAGGAGGAUAGUGGUCACGUAUGACCACUACCGUCGCCUCGGGAACCAAGAUGCCUUGGAGAUCAUCAAAGCGACCGUCGACAGAGUCAAGCCGCAAAAGCCAGAAACAUUUCAAGACGGAGAGCCAAGUCUAUGA